UGGGCGACGCGGAGGUUGCUGUCGCGGCUCCUGGGGGCCGAGUUUGUUCGGCGGUGGUCGACGACAGCUGACUGCUGUGGAUUCUGCCCCGGCUGUGCUUUCCACUCGCACUGUCUCUUGGAUCUACCAUGAGGCGCCUGGGCUCCGUACAGCGGAAAAUGCCGUGUGUGUUUGUGACGGAGGUGAAAGAAGAGCCCUCCGCCAAAAGGGAGCAUCAGCCAUUUAAAGUUUUGGCAACUGAAACUAUAAAUCACAAGGCAUUAGAUGCAGAUGUAUACAGUGCAAUUCCAACAGAAAAAGUGGAUGGAACGUGUUGUUAUGUUACUAACUACAAAGGUCAGCCGUACCUUUGGGCUCGGCUAGAUAGAAAACCCAACAAGCAAGCUGAGAUGAGAUUUAAGAAAUUUCUACAUUCACAAGAAAAUUCAAAAGAAUUUUUUUGGAAUGUUGAGGAGGACUUCAAACCUGUUCCAGAGUGCUGGAUACCAGCGAAGGAAAUAGAACAGCUAAAUGGGAAUCCAGUGCCUGAUGAAAAUGGACACAUUCCUGGAUGGGUACCAGUGGAGAAAAACAACAAACAGUAUUGCUGGCAUUCCUCUGUAGUUAAUUAUGAAUUUGAAAUUGCCCUGGUACUGAAGCAUCAUCCUGAGGAUCCUGGACUUCUGGAAAUUAGUGCAGUGCCACUAUCAGAUCUCUUAGAACAAACAUUGGAGCUGAUAGGAACAAAUAUCAAUGGAAACCCAUAUGGGUUAGGAAGCAAGAAGCAUCCAUUACAUCUUCUUAUACCACACGGAGCAUUUCAAAUAAGAAGUCUGCCUACAUUGAAGCACAAUGAUCUGCUGUCUUGGUUUGAAGGCUGCCGAGAGGGUAAAAUUGAAGGAAUAGUAUGGCAUUGCAGUGAUGGCUGUCUAAUCAAGGUCCAUCGUCAUCAUCUUGGUUUACACUGGCCAAUUUCAGAUACUUAUAUGAAUUCAAAACCAGUUAUUAUCAACAUGAACCUAAACAAAUAUGACUGUGCCUUUGAUUCCAAGUGUUUGUUUAAUCAUUUUUCAAAAUUAGAUAAUCAGAAAUUUGGGAGGCUCAAAGACAUAAUGCUUGAUGUAUAAAAUGGGAAUGCAGUUAAAAUCAUUAUAUUUUAUUAUAUUUGAACCUUGAAUAUUCUGGCAUGUUUAAAAGGUAAAAACAUCUCAAGGUUCCAGUUGUUCAGUAUUGAAUAUAUCAAUAUGAACUCUAGUGUUUGAAGAAAUGAAUUUUCUAUUUCAAAUAUCUAUCCAAAAAUCAGAAAACGAUUUUAACUACUGGACAUAAAAAUGUAAGUAAAAUUUAAGUAACAGUAAGAUAGCAAGCUUGUACAAAGGCUGGAUUCUGUCCAGGAUAACUGAGUAGUCAUUUAAAGACAACAGUUUUACAAUUUUGGCUCAUUUAUUUACAAAAUUAAAUAGUUUAAUUCAAUUAAAUUAAAGCUUAGUUUACUCUAUGCUCAAAACAUAUGGCUCAACCUCAAAACCUAUAUACAAAAUAUUUUGGAUUUGAGAAUCUUAAAUACAUAUAUAUGUAUAAAAGUAUAUAUAAAACCACUAUUGUGAACAGUAAAAUGUCAGUUUACCCUCAUAUUCUUUAAAAAACGUAAAUAUUAAGAAAAAACUUAAACAUUAAGAAUGUAUAGAAUUCUACCGUAGUGCAUGGCCUAUUUGAUAGUCCUAACUUACUUGAAAAAUCUUAAAAUUAUACUUUCAGAAUAAAUUAAAAGUUUCAUAUAAUUUUAUUUACUAAAAGUUCCAUUUUGGGUAAAAGUACAAGGUAGUGAGAUGGAAAUUCUGUAGUCUGGAGAGUUGCGUGAUUUCCAGAUGGAGUUUUUAUCAUUAUUUUUAUUAAGUCAACAGCUGAGUAAAGCUGCAGUUAUAAGUGGUCAUUAAUGAAUAGGGAAAUUUGUUGGACUUUCCUCUUCAUCUUCAAACUGUUCAGAAUCAUCGAAAGGACUAGUUGAUUCAACUCCAAAUUGUGCAGAAAGUUUUUUAAUUUUCUCUUCUAAAAGGAUAUUUUUUUUCAAUUCUUCCUUAUAAUUAUAUUUUAGAUCUUCAAUUUCUUCAAAAAAUGAAGGGUCGAAAUUUUCCAGUUCUUUUUUCAGCUUUUUUAUUUCCUCCUAAUAGAAACAUAUUAUCUUUAAUAGUCAUAUAGGAAUAUAGAACAUUUUUUAGGUUUGAACUAAAGAGAUUUAAAUAUGAACAUGAAAGCCAAGAUAACCUAAAGUCAAAUAUAGUAAUAAAAGCAGAAGCAUUCUCUUAAGAUUUUGUUAAUAAUCUUAGUUUACUUCAUAUUCCAUAUUGCAUUGCACAAUAUAAAUAACUGACUUGUUAACUGUCAAGUCAUACUGUUUGUUCUGUAAGUUAUAUUCUAGUCUUUAACUAAAAUUUAUCACUUCUUGUAGAUUAUGGUGGAAAGUAAUCUUUCUCCCAAAGCAUAGCAAAUACUCUCAACAAGGCAACCAAAAAAAAGUGCCUAUUCAUAGCACUGAAGUUAUUUUGGUUAAUUUUGCCCUCAUAUUCAUGCCCUUUUGUUCAUUUACAAAGUUUUAACAGAGGUAAAGCAUAUCAAAUGUAUUUUUUUAAAAGGAAACUAUACCCUUACGAGAAAAUUCCUGAAACAAAUGUCAAAAGGUACUAAAAAGACACUUCCCAACAUGACCCAAAACUUAAAAUACAAAAAUAAUGAGCUAUAUUUAUGACAAAAAAUAAAGUUACUCUUUAAUGUUUUCUAUUCA